AAACGGUGAUUUGUAGUUUUGGUUUGGACCCUUGAGAAACCAUAAUUGUGAUCCAUGUGUCUAUCUGCAGGGCAUUACGCACUCUAUCCCUCAUCUUCUUAAACAUUUUGCGUCCACUUUUUAUUCUCCUGAGCAAAUUUGAAUACAUUUUCAUGGUAAUUUGAUGAACGAGCAUUGAAGAAAUUGUAUGACCUUCAUAACUGAACGUUUGAAUUCCACAUGGCUCUCCCUUCUCCAUCGUAGCGUUUCCAAUGAGCCAAGAUGGUUCAGAAAUCCAUUGACUCCAAAUUCAGUGAAUAUGGACAUGGAAAUUUUGGGAAGGACGUGCCUUCUCAGGAAAAGCAACUGCAAAUUUCUGCGAAGAAGACAGCAUCAAGGGAUUUGCAAAAUGAUAAUAUGGCCAUAGCUUCAAAUUGUACUGGAAGUUCUCCUCUUUUGAAGGAAAUAGGUACCGGUAGUGACAUCAUUAAAGUUUCUGGUAACAAGAGAGCCUUACCAGUCUACCCUGCAAGUCCAUCUCAUCUCCAUUCUUCAACUUCUAAUUCUGCAAAUGGGCAUCUUGUUUAUGUCCGUAGAAAAUCUGAUGCGGAUAUAGGGAAGAAUAGUUCUUGUGAUAAUACAAGCAUAAAAGCUAAUUAUCCAAAUCUGAACAAACUUGGUUCACUAGCUGUAACUGUGCAUCUCAAAUCCCAGGCUAAGGAGCUGCAGAAUCAUUGCGUGCAAGCAUUUGCUCCUUUUCCAAUGGUGUCUUCCGUGAAUGCACCUAGAAAACCUUCAGUUCCUCAUCACAUGGGAAAGUGUGGCAUCAAUUUAGCCGUAGCAGAAUCGAACUUCCAUUCUGCACCUUCUACUUUCCCUUCAGUAGGCAUCCCAGUAGGAUGGAAAAAUUUGCAGUGGGAAGACAGAUAUCAUCAGUUGCAGUUGUUAUUGAAUAAAUUGGACCAAUCAGAUCAACGUGAUUAUCUUCAGGUGCUCGGAUCGUUGUCAUCGGUUGAACUUAGUAGACAUGCAGUUGAAUUGGAAAAGAGAUCCAUUCAGCUCUCGCUUGAGGAAGAAGUCUUGGAUUUGGACAUAUCAAAUAUUCAGAGGUUGGAUAAUUUGGUAAUCAAUAGCUUAAAGAUCACUAGGGAGAGGUUCACGUUGGCACCUGAAGUUUCAAACCUUCUACAUUCUGGAUUGCUGCUAGGACAUGUGUCAGAGAAGAGCUCAAACAGGCAAAUGCAGAAUUGGAGUCAACAACACAGAAACUGGAGAAGGAGAAAAUUGAGUUGCAGGUAGGGACAGAGAAGGAAGUAAACAGAAGGUCAAGUGACUGGUCAUUCAAUUUGAGGAGGAGCGAUUAAGAGGGACGAGUUAGAGAGCUACCUGAACAGAAUGUCUCACUACAAAGAGAGGUUUAAUUUUUAAACAAGAUGGAAACAGAGAACAGAACUAUAACAACUAAUCUCGAGCAAGAUAUGCAAAAUAUUGUAGACCUAACAGCUAGAAUUGAAGAAAAUAAAUAUUUACAACCAAAUCUCUUCUAAAUAAGAAGAAGAUUACAAGGGGAGCAAAUCGAAGGUAUGGAUUGCAUCAGAAAGAAUUAUGAGGAGAACGAGAAAGAGUGCAAAGAAUUAAAUAAAACAAUUUCAAGGUUGUCAAGGACCUGCAACAAACAAGAGAAGACUAUUGAUGGUUUGUGGGAAAGAUUAAGCGAGCAAUUUGAUAAGCAAUUUGAAAGAUUGAAGAUGGAAGAUGGAACAAAUGAGAUUAACAAGAAUAGAACUGGCUUUGAGGAAGGAGUUAGAAUCUUAUAGGGUUGAAGUCGACUCUCUUCGCCAUGAGAAUAUAAAAAUAUUGGCUCACUUGAAAGACAAAGGGAAUGAGAGUGGUGCUAUAACCGUAAAGUUGGAUAAUGAAAUGUCAACUCAUGUUUAUCAUUCUUCAAAAUCAAGGACUGGUAUUACUAAAUGAGAGUACUCAAUUUUGUUCCAAGUUACUUGAGUUCAUUUUAGAGAUUUGGUUAGCUUCAUCCAACUAAGCAUAGAAUGGAGCAUAUACAGGAUGUUAGAAUCUUUAGAUGGACAAUUCUUUCUCGAGUCUGAAAUGAAAAUUUGGAGCCUCAAACAUGGGAUUGAGAGCUUGACAAUGAAUUAACAGACAAUAUCUAUGUUGUUUCAAGCAAAGUCUAACACCACUUUUCAGUAGCA